GUUGGUUUGGAUAUUACGUUGGUAUUAGGUAUAGAUCGUGGAGGUCGCGAAAACGAGUGAAAUCGGCGUAUAGACCGGUGUAUUAAGAGCGAGUGUGUGGUGAGGAGGAAAGGAAGAAGAGCUGGGCAGGAACUGGGGGAACUUUAUAUCCAUAGUGCCAUGCUGUGGCUUACCAGCCCGUCAAAGACUCUGCCAGGGGCUCCCACGGUUGCACUCGUUUCCCAGCAUUCGGCAUGCCUUGGCCAUGCAUGUGGCGUGCAUGGUGGACGACUCUGACGAUACGGCAAAGGGGGACCGCUGAUUGAGCGAAGCAAUAUCCCCUGCCAAGGACCCAUGCAGCCUCGAAAGUUCGUUGGCUGCGCUAUGCCCUUCCGAGGAUGGCCAAGGUUAGUGAAAAGUGUUGUUCGCGCAGGCACCGCGUGCACAACCGCUGGCUAACCCGAAUUGCACGGCGUGCAUAUUUCUCAGUCGAGCGGCAUGUCAUGAAUGAGGAGAGCGGGCUUGUGUGGUCGUUGCAGACGGACCCGAGGACAUUUUCAACGGCUCCGGAGCAAGGACUGAGAGCUUUGGCUGUUGCAUCACCAUUCUCGUGGAGCCCAUGGCAAGCUUCUUGGACUUGGGCCGAUUCGCAGGGCGCCGACGCGGCGACGAACUGCAGGCGAGAUCGCGGUGGGGAGACGGUGCGGAACAGCGCUGGCGGGCCCCAUGCUCCGAGCAAAAAUAGCCGCCGUGCUGAUAGCGCAAAGUUACAAAAACAGCAGUUUUGCUCCGAGUCGCCAGAGAGGAGAUGGACACUGACACGGUUGCAGCGAAAGAUUCGCCAGUGCACGCGGGUUCCUGCAUCUCAACCAGUAACUAAAAUCGGUCCUGGGCCGAGCGUUAAACGGUGGCAAAGGCUUCAAGGAGCCGACCAGCAAACGCGGCCUGGCGGCCUCAGGAAAGGAGGCUCACAGAAGCCCAGGAGCUGAGUGAUCCUUUGCGAUAAGCUUAGGAGGCCAGUCUGCGAGCAGGUCGGGAGUUUUCCGUUUUCGCAUGAGCCAUAGGAUCCCCGACGUCGUCGUUGUCUCCUCAUCCCGACGUUGUCUUUGCGCAUGCAAUUUCGCAUCAAGGAUCCUCACGAGGUUCGACGGGCCUAGCGCCGCGCCAUUGCUGAUAUUGGAUUUCAUGCGUUUACGGCUUCGGGUGCGCUCUCCGGUGUUGAAAAACAACGCGUCGCGCAACAGGACGUGAUUCCCUCCACCUUCCCACAGUACGCUGUUCGUUGAGCAUAAUCAAUUGCAGAAAGCGAAUACUCGGAGCUUUCCGGAUAGACGACAUCGAAGGUGACGUUGGGU